AUGGUAAAUUCUGCUGAAUAUUUUUCGGUGUUGGCAGACGAAACAACAGAUGUUUCACUAAAAGAACAACUUACAUUAUGUGUUCGAUACGUUAAUGGUUCAGGAGACAGUGUAAAAAAUGUUUCUUAUCGAGAAAAAAUUGGAAAAAUGAUGAAAGAUCAGAAAAUUAGACUAGAAAUUACAAAUUCAAUGAACAUUCGACAAGAAGACGGGAUUUUGAUUGUAAAGGCAACUGCUGAUGAAAAAUCUACUGACUAUUGGACGUUGUCACAUUAUAAAACGAAAAACAUUGAGCAUGUUGAUUCCAAGGACAGAUGGAAACAUGUUGAAUGUUCGAUGAAGCUUGAAAUAACCGAUGAGGUAAACGACCAAACAAUAUCGAGUGAGCCGAAUGAAUUUGUCCAAACACUUUUCGACCGUAUCCUGAAAGAUUCGAAGAAAAAAAUUACACGAAUUUGA